CGACGACAGCGCUAACGACAUAGAUAUCUACUGGCACUCCUCAGUCUAAUAAAUAUAUUCAAAAGUUCACUCGAAGAUCUUUUCUUUUGGUUUUUGUGGCGUCGUAUUUCUUAUACAUACAUAUAUAUGCGGCAAUUCCUACUCCAAGGUUACUCUUCCUCUUGAUCUCUUAUGAGUGAGGCACUUACAAAUUGUGAUCUUUUGUCUUGUCGUAACGGGACUCUUGUCGGCCUCAGAACUUCGAUCCUAACACCUCAACACUUACUGUAUCGGCAUGAUCGUCCCAGUCCAUACAUCGCCGAACCCAUCCACAACCGUCUUUCAUCCCGCCAUGUCCCCAGCCUCCUCUCCUCCGCACCCUGCACCGACUGUUCUCCCAGAGCGACCAAAAUCACCCUCGACUGCUAAGAACAAGAGCCCGAACCACCGGAAUCCCACCGCAAACUCCAUAAACAAGCCCAGCCAGUCCGAGGAACAGUUCCCACAACCCAAACUCCGCCUGGAAAUCCGCGACCUCAACCACCCCGGGGCAAGCAAGUUCCUCUCCGCCGUAAACGCCUCCCACGUCCUCCAAUCCGCCGUCACCAACGUCCUCCGCCUCCUCUACGUGAAACCCUCCAACCCCACCACCCACCCACCCCCGACCCGCUCCGUGACCCUCAUCCUCCGGCCCAUGGGCGGGGUGGCCUACACGACCGGCUCCGACCUGGACAACGACCACAAGGAGAUCCACUUCUCCCUCGACUACAUCAACAACAUCCCCGAAGCCCGCCGUGCCGACGACGAGAUCGCCGGCGUGCUCACCCACGAGAUGGUGCACUGCUUCCAGUGGAACGGCCGCGCCACCGCCCCCUCCGGCCUGAUCGAGGGCGUCGCCGAUUGGGUGCGUCUCCGCGCCGGCCUCGUCCCGCCCCAUUGGCGUCGGGAGACCUCCGGCUCUUGGGACAGGGGGUACCAGCACACCGCGUACUUCCUUGACUACCUAACCAGCCGCUUUGGGGAGGACACGGUGCGGCGGGUCAACGAGAAGCUUCGGACUGAUCGCUACGACGGUGAGCGGUUCUGGGUGGAGCUGCUGGGGCAGAGUGUUGAGGCUUUGUGGGAGGAGUAUCGCGUCGCGGUGGGGCCGGAUCGGAAGAAUGAGAACGCCCCGUGACCAAGUUGUGGGAAGGGAAUGAAUCGGGCAGGGCGGCGUAGGGAGACACAAGGCUUGAAAGGGGGUGAGACAUUGGGCGUGUUGGGUCCGCCGAGUUCGGCUGUCGAUAGAGGAUCAUAGAAGCCUCGAGUAUCUCGGUACGGAAGCUGGGCGACGAUGAAGCGUUUGAUUGCUGUAAUUUUCUUUAAAAAAAUUGGUUUCCAGCGAGCUUAGAGCCAUUUGUUUACUUCCAUGUCCAAGGAGAUAGAUCACAAUAUUGAAGCAAAUAUGAAGA